AACUCACACAAAUUCAAGCCCAUUUCAAUUUGUUAAAAAACUUUUUUUUAGAAAAAAGAUUAAAAAUUUGAUCCUCAAGCUUUAACAAAUCAAGCAAAACCCAAUGGCAACAAGAACAACAUUGUCAUCUCACUCUCCCCAAUCUCUCUCCUCACUCCUCUUAAGCCCUCUUCACCUUGUCAAAAAAUACUCCUACAAAAACACACAACUCCAAAUCCCACAAAUCCAGCGAAAGCCCAGAACUAACCUCUUCAUUACUAGAGCAAUGAAAGCUGUUGUUCAACGUGUCACCUCCGCCAGCGUUCAGGUUGACGGCCGCAUUGUUUCUGAGAUUGGCCCUGGAAUCCUAGUCCUCAUUGGCAUUCACGAAUCCGACACGGAUUCCGACUCCAAUUACAUAUGCAGGAAGGUGUUAAACAUGAGAUUAUUCCCAAAUGAGAAUACAGGUAAAGCUUGGGAUCAAAGUGUUAUGCAGAAAAAUUAUGAGGUUUUAUUAGUGAGCCAAUUUACACUGUAUGGAACAUUGAAGGGUAACAAGCCAGAUUUUCAUGUGGCAAUGCCUCCGCAAAAAGCGAAACCAUUCUACGAGUCUGUGGUGGAGAAUUUCCGCAAGGGUUACAACCCUGACUUGAUCAAAGAUGGCAUAUUUGGAGCAAUGAUGAAGGUCAAUUUGGUUAAUGAUGGACCAGUAACUUUGCAACUGGAAUCACCACAGACAUCUAAGAGAAACAAUGAUGCAGAAGAACCAUAACUUUGCCUUUGUCAUACAUGGUUAUUGGAUCAGAAGUUAAACUCGCGUUCAAGUGUUUAUAAGAAACUUGUUCUUGUGCUGUUGAAUCUAAUGCAAAAGUAGCACUUGGGCAGCUUUUAACAGCAACUCGGGAAUUGCAGAAUGAUACUAUUGUAACUUUUUCAAGUGAAUUGAUCAUCAUAUUUUUCCUUGUACUGAAUUAAUUCGAUAAUUGCUUGUCUAUCAUAUAUGUCAUAGAUUUAGUUCAACAUAAAUAGAAAAGAAUGGAUUUUUACUA